CAACGCGCGCAGCACUGCAUGCUGGGAUACCUUCCUGUCAUGGCGGAAGAGUUAGCUGGCUAACGUUGUCUGUGCGUGAUUGUUCGGCUUCGCACGUUUUGGAAACUACGACCGCGACCCUUGAAAAAAUUCGACUCUCCGGCUAGUGCCUCGCGACUUACACGGGGUACGCUUCUAACGUUAAGAGGACCCUUUACGACAGCAUCUUCAACAGGGCAAAUGGAGUGUGCAGUGGAUGUUCCAGCCGGCGAGGAUGAGACAACCGAAAAGGAUGACGUGAAUUGCACAGAAGGAACUGAACCACCUCAUAAGAAAAACAAGAAGCAUAAAAAGCACAAGAACAAGAAGAAGAAAAAGAAGAAGAGGGGUGAAAGGGAAAGCAGCUCGGAGUCUGGUGCUGAGUCUGAGGCGGAGACGGCUCUUCUGAAAACUGCACGGACUACAAGAGCCAGUGCAAGGCUGGCCGCAAAAGCAGGGGAUCAUGCUGGGCAGAAGGAAGAGACUAAAACAGAUUGUGUGGACAAGGAGGGAGAUGCAAAAUCUAAAAAACACAAAAGACAUGCUGCUAAGAAGAAGAAAAAGAAGAAGAAGAAGGAUGAAAAGAAAUCCCAGUCUCGCUCCUCAUCUGAUAGCAGCUCUGGCUCAGGUUCUGAAUCUGAAACGGAGGGGCGUGCAGGGAUAGGUGAUGGCAAAUCUUCUCCAGCGGUAGCACCUGGCCAGCCUGAGCCAGUGACCCUCAUGUCAACACAAAACAACAAAGAGGAUGAGAAAGGUGUUCCCAGUCUGCUGAAUCCUGAACCACUUGAAGAGAAGAAAGAGUGCAUGUCUGAAAUGGAUGUUCCACAAAUCACAGAGAAGACCACAAACGAUAGUCAAACCAAUGGAACAGAAAAGGAUAUAAAAUCUCCACUGCCUAGCCUGGAUGAGGUAACACAGACAGGAACAAUUCAGAUUAAGGAAGAAGCCAGUGUAGGAGAUGGUACUUUGGGUCAUGCCAAUGAACUUCCUGACAUUAUUCCUAAACAGGAAGGUAAUGCACCUAGAGAUGAGCCAAUACCGAAAGAUGAAUUCAUUUCAAUGCAGCAGCAGCAGCAGGCACCUGUAAAAGAGUCUGAUUCACCCAGGCCAGCAUCUCCCCUCCCUUUUAUGGGCCCAGAUAUUAAGCAGUCUGGGUCGAGACGUAGUCGAUCACCAUCACCAAGUCCACCGAAGCAGCAGAGUGAGGAACAAACAGUAGCGGCAGUGGUAGAACCACCUGAAAAUCAUUCAAGAUCAGCUUCAAAGGACAAGCAAUCUCCCACUCGUCUAAAUAAGCGGCAGCUGUCGCGCUCAAUUUCCCGCUCUCAGUCUCCUAAACCGAGGAAGAAGGCUGUCUCCCCACCCUCAAGAUCUCCCAAAAGAGCUCGCCGUCGGUCGUGGUCCACUUCUCGGUCGCGUACGCCCAAGAGGAGGUCAUUCCGGUCUCCUCGCAGGUCCAAGACACCAAAACGCCGGAGAAGCUCAUCUUUGUCUCCGAGGCGACGUCGAAGUCCCCCAUCUACAAAAAGAAGAUCCUCAAGAUCGCCAAAACGUGGCGGACGCAGGUCGCGCUCUUUAUCUCGCUCUCCAAGGAGAAGCCGGAGAUCAAAAUCCCGCUCGCGAGGGCGCAUGAGGCGCUCCCGGACACGCUCGCCCAGACGUGGUGGUGCAAGCGGUAGGCGGUCGCGGUCUCGCUCUUUUGCCAGGGCCCGUCGUUCCAGAUCCAGGCGUCCUUACCGGCGCUCCAGGUCACGUUCCUUGGCCAAACGUACUGGUGGCAGGCGCUCAAGGAGUCGAUCUUUGUCGCGACAUAGGAGGUCACCACCUCCCAGAGCACGCCGCUCACGCUCCAGGUCUGCCCGUAGGCGCAGGCGGACUCGAUCACGCUCCAUCACAACCUACAAACGUCAGCGGCGCUCUAGAUCAAGGAGUGCCCGCAGACGCACCAAAUCCCGAACGCCCACUUCUCGCUGGCGCUCCAAAUCCAGGUCUCCGGUUAGAAGGCGUUCUCGUUCCCCUGCCCGGAGAAAGCGGUCUCCGCCAAGGUCUAGCAAACGUUCAAAAUCCCGCUCGUUGCCUAGAAGGCGCAGAUCAAAGUCACGCUCGCCAUUGCUGAGCAGAAAGAAGUCCGAAUCACCAAGGAUCUGCGUCAGAAGGUCAAAGUCAAAAUCUGUCUCUGUUGGCUUGCACAGAUCCAAGUCCAGAUCCCGGUCUGGGUCAAGUGAUAGACCGUCUGAUAGGUCCUCCCAUGCCAGAUCCGCCUCACCCCCUCUUGAGAAGGCGUCAUCUUCUUCCCAGGCGGUGCAAGCAUCUCCAGAGAAGAUGGCAUCUCCAGAGAUGAUGGCAUCUCCAGAGAAGAGGGCAUCUCCAGAGAAGAUGGCGUCUCCAGAAAAGAUGGCGUCUCCAGAAAAGAUGGCCUCUGCAGAAAAGUUGCCGUCUCCAGAAAAGAUGGCGUCUGCAGAAAAGUUGGCGUCUCCAGAAAAGAUGGCGUCUGCAGAAAAGCUGGCGUCUGCAGAAAAGUUGGCUUCUGCAGAAAAGAUGUCUCCAGAAAAGAUGGCGUCUCCAGAAAAGAUGGCCUCUGCAGAAAAGUUGGCGUCUCCAGAAAAGAUGGCGUCUGCAGAAAAGUUGGCGUCUCCAGAAAAGAUGGCGUCUGCAGAAAAGUUGGCGUCUCCAGAAAAGUUGGCGUCUGCAGAAAAGUUGGCGUAUGCAGAAAAAUUGGCGUCUGCAGAAAAGUUGGCAUCUGCAGAAAAGUGGGCGUCUGCAGAAAAGAUGGCGUCUGCAGAAAAGAUGGCGUCUGCAGAAAAGUUGGCGUCUGCAGAAAAGUUGGCGUCUGCAGAAAAGAUGGCGUCUGCAGAAAAGAUGGUGUCCCCAGAAAAGAUGGCGUCUGCAGAAAAGAUGGCGUCCCCAGAAAAGAUGGCAUCCCUAGAAAAGAUGGCAUCCCCAGAAAAGAUGGCUGCAGUAGCUGAAACCAUUCCUACAGCAGGUUGCUGGAAACCUGUGCCCUCACUGGUUGUUUCCAGUUCUCCAGCUGUUGCUCCAGUGGAUGAAGAGCAGGAGCCGCCUCCAGCACCUGAAGCGAUCCCCGAAGAAGAGGAAACCGAACCGAGGGAGGAGGCCAGCAUAUGCCCCGAACACGAUGUUUCAGGGACUGUGUCUGGCUCUCAAGAACCUGUCACUGCCCCAGAGGGAUCUGAACGCUCCGAAGGCUUAGAUGAAGAAAUAGGAAGUUCCCCCCCGCCGGGGAACACGCAAGUAGAAUCAUUGAAAAGCCCUUCACAUUCAGCAUCUCCAGAAAGGCAGAGCAAAGAGUCUUCGCCUUCACCCACAGAUCAUAGGGAACCUUCCCGCUCAGCUUCACCCCGAAAGAGGUCAAAGUCUCCAGUGAGGAAGAGAGAAUCUGUCUCACCAUCUGAAAAAAAGAAGCGCCGGUCAAAAUCUCGGAGUCCUGGCCGGCGCAGAAAAUCCAGCCCUUCUCGUUUUGCCACGCGGCGCAAGCGAUCCCGUUCCAAGUCUCGAACCAGGGCACGCCGAUCCAAGUCCCGCUCUCCAGCCCGGAAGAGACGCUCCCGCUCUCGCUCGCCCAAUGCCAGGGGGAGGAAAAGAUCCAAAUCCACGGACAGGAACAAGCGCUCCCGGAGCCGAUCCACUGGCCGCAAGAAAAGGUCUCGGUCAGGAGACAGGGGUCGCAGGUCCAGGUCUCGUUCAUCUGACCGAAGACGCAGGUCAAGAUCCAGAGGUCGAGGGAAGCGUCCGGUGUUUCGCAGUCGCUCAUUUGAUAGAAGGGAUAGGUGGAAAAGGGAGCCUAGCCACUCCCCCGUUCUGAUUCUCCGCAAGCAGCGCCGCUCAGGGUCGCGGACACGGCGCAGCGCCAGCAAGUCGCCUCCGAGGCUCACUGACUUAGAUAAGGACCAGUUACUGGAGAUAGCCAAGGCCAACGCAGCUGCCAUGUGUGCCAAAGCAGGCGUGCCCAUCCCAGAGAGUCUGCGGCCGAAAGCCAUCCUCCAGCUUCCCCUCCCGACGCCGUCUCCCGGCCCCCUCUCGCUCCCACUGCCGUUACCCCUCCCCAUGGGCAUGGGGAUGCCAAAUAUGCCCAACAUGGGUCCAAUGGGGUUGCCCGGUAUUCCAGGAAUGCCCAGCAUGUCCAACAUCACCAUGAGUGCCGCCAUGGCAAGUAUGACGGCGGCCACCAUGACCGCCGCCUUGACCAACAUGGGGGCCUUGGCGGCAAUGCCUCCCCUUGCCCCUCUUCCCACCAUCACAAACAAACCUCCCCCUUGUCUCGCGCCACCAACCCCGUCGCUGAACCUGGACCACAUUGAAGAAGCGAAAAGGAAAGUCACGCAGCAAGCGAACAUCCACACCAUAAAGGAGCUGACAGAGAAAUGUAAGAUGAUUGCCAACAGUAAGGAGGAGAUGGCUGUCGCUAAACCUCAUGUCUCGGAUGAUGAAUUCUAAACCCUUCAAGGCGCUCACUGACUAGAAGUUAGACAAAUUAUGUGAAGAUACAUUUUUUUUUCACCUCCCCUCCUAAGACCCGCACAGGAAAAUCUAACAAAAAAAAAAAAAGGAUUUUUUCAGGACCAUAUGCCCACUGUAGUUCCAGUUGGAAGUCACGUGGUGUAGCUGAGCCUCACAAAAAAGAGAGCAUCCGAGUUGCUUACAACUCUUCCCCACGUUGCUUCCGUUGCCGUGGCUGGGUCAUAUACCACUGAAGAAACUGGACACGUUGACUUCUCGUGUGCAUGAUUGUAAAACUAUAGUGCGAAUGUGAGUGUGUGUGUGUGUAUAUAUAUAGUGAUUUUCACCAACACCAUCCCCUCAGUGUUGCUGCUUCCUCAAGCAGUCACUGUUGUAAAGACUGAAACCAAACUUACUAGUGGCGCCCUUUUUUUUGUUUUGUUUUGUUUUUGUAAAAGCUUAGUUCGUCUCAAUUGGUUUUACUUAAGAUUUCUUAAAGGACCGUGUAUAGUGGACACUGCUUCCUUGUUCUGCUGUAUUCCCUAGUUUUUGCGUUUGUUUUUUUAAAAACAUUGUUUCAGUUGAUUUUCAUGCGUGAUUUGUUGACACGAGCUUGGGUAAUGCUCAGUUGCAAAAAUUGUGGGAUAACCGAGAGAAGCAGAUUAGACGGAGCAACGUCUCCCUGUCACCAAACACAUCAAAAUUCAAUUAGUUCUGCCCCGGUUGUGACUCUUAUUUCUUUAAAAGUGGCAGCUAAAUUUAACUCGGAGAUGCACGCACAGAGGAAAUAAUUCAUUUUACAAACUGUAGGAGUACUUAUUUGGAGUGAUAGUGGAUUUGAAAAGCUUGACAUCGCUCGCUGUGAUUCCAACAGUGGAUCAGAUUCAGACAAUCACUUCUUGUUUUUUGGCCGACCUAUUAAUGUCGUUCAUAACCAUAAAACUUAUAUUCAUGUCAGUUCACUACAGCGAAAAUGAAUAAGCUGCCUUCCUCUCGUGACCAAGGCUGUUUUAGUGGCGGAACAUAAGAUGUUCUUUUUCGAUUGUGUCUGCUUCUCGAUCAGCACAUGAGUUUCCUUGAGGUGAUCCUUAUCGCUAUUUUAACGACAGGAGAAAAAAGAGGAAUCUGCAUUUUAGGAUUUUUUUUUUCAGGGGGUCAUUUGAAUAAGACAUUGCUUGCUCUGUAUAUAAAUGUGAUAAUGAUUAUUAAAAACCUCAUUGAUCUGUA